AUGGCAACAGAACGCUCCCUGGCUGCGCUGUUGCGGUCGCUGCAGUCGACUUCCAGCUUCGAAGAUGCUUCAGGUCUCCUUCCCACGGUCACCAGCUUCCUGUCGAUUCUCGGAAACCCACUGAAUUUGAGCCUUCUUGCUUCCCAACUUCUUUCUGCGCCAGCGCUCUGGAACCAUCCAGUUGACCUUCACGCUUGUCGCAAGAUCCUGAGCGUCUUCAACACGGCUGCCAUCGCGGUUCUGCAGAACGAUACCACUGAGGAAGCCCAGAUACCCCAUGGCCGCAAUCGGCGGAUUGAGCGGGAAGCGUGGGUGAAGGCCGUCGUCGAAGGCGCUGAUGAUAAGUCCCCGCGCUGGAGACAUAUGCUCUUGCUUGGGGGAAUUCUUCUGGGCUUCGAGGGGCAGAAUCGACAAGGCUUACCAUGGAACAUUCGGACAAAGCUCGAGUCAGCACUUGCGACUGCUGCGCAAUUGGCUCUCCAGGAGCUAGAUCCUGAGGCUGGGGUUGAUGGAUACUGUGUUACCAUGGUGCUGAAUUAUACAUUUGAGCUCCUGUCUGAUAUGGAGCGGAGCAAGCUCGAUUACGAUCUGCUAUUACCGGUGAUGGUCCGAUCUGCAUUCCUUUCUCCAGAAGGCCUGGAAGGCGGCUAUUUCUUGGGUGCUAUUGACAGUGACGUUGUCGAGGCACCGGGGAAGAAAUUCCGUUGGUCGCCUAACUCUGCAACUUACGGAUAUGUCUCUACUAUGGCAUCCCGUCCAUUGGUCGGUGCAUUGGGGCCUUUGUCUCGCCUCAUUUCUCACGCCGUCGAGAAUGCACAAAAUCCGAAGCUCGUUGCCCAAACAGUCGAUUACAUAGCGGAUUUUGUCCGAACCCUCAUGGUCCAGUGGCGUCAAAACAAGCUGUCGGAGGUGGAUGUAGCCGAAGAAGCUGACUUCCUGGAUGCCGAGUCACUCAAGACCACCAUUCCAGCGCUCUGGAAGAUCCUCCGGAACUGUCUCUAUUCCGUGGUCAUCGUGCUUCGGGCUGUCCUGGGGCGAACUAUCAACGACCCAGCUCUCGCUGCUGGCAGCAGUGCCCCAUAUCUUUGCAUGCAAUCCCUUCAUAUUCUCCGCAAUUUAUACUUCGUCUCCUCUCGGACCGGUCAGAAUGCGUCCUCACAGCAAAACUUCGUCUUUCUGGCUGCUAUCGACAUCCUUUCUCAGUAUCCUGACUUGGCCGAGAAUUUCUUGCGUAGUAUCAAGCCUAGCGAUAUUGGCCAGAUCCCUGCUCACCCAGUGGAGCGGUGCUUGGAUCUAUUCUUCUUGAACACAGCCGAGCAUUUCCCGUUGGUUCUUUCUCCCGCGGUGAAUGAAGAAUUGCUCCUCUCGGCCGCUUUCCCGUACCUCGCAGCUGGCGCCAAUAGUCUCCUUCUGGAGAUCUUCGAGGCUGCCCAUAGUCUGGUCCUUGUUGUCUUUGCCAUACCCAACAAUUCGGAACUGACAGCUAAACACCUACCUUUCUAUAUCGAGAAUCUCUUCGCUGUAUUCCCUGAGAAUCUGUCCGCAAGGCAAUUUCGCCUGGCAUUCAAGACCAUCAUCCAAGUCACCACGCCUCCGUCACCCCUGGCAAAUAGCCAGCCACUCCUCCCCUCUAUUCUUCUGGAGGUGGUGCGGGAUCGUGCCCUGGUUGCUUCCGCCGCACCUAUCGCACCAACCACGCAAAAUGGAUCAUCGCCCGACCAGCCUUCCUUCUCCGCUCAGACCGUGCUCACCCUUUCCCUGAUCGAUUCGCUCUCCUUCCUCCGCGUGGACGACCUGGAAGAAUGGCUCCCCUUAACCGCCCAGCUCAUCAACGUCAUUCCCGACCACACCAUGCGCCGGGCCUGCAUUGAUCGAUUCUGGGAGGCGCUCAGUGGCGGGGAGAUGGAUGUGGACCGAGCGCACUGCUGCGUCACAUGGUGGAGUACCCGCGGUGGUCGCGAGCUCGUCCUAUUCGGUGCGGAAACUGCGCCAGGCCCUGCGGAGACAGACGAGGGCGGGCCUUUCAUGAGUGGUGCUCUGGGAGAAGUGGCGCCAGAGAGUAAACUGUGA